GGUGUCUGUCACGUGGUUCAGUUUGCCGGGUCAGAUACGUGACACUAAGGCACGAGUUUUUAGACUCAUAUAUUGCUAGUUUCCAGAAAGAGGAACACGGGAUUGUGUCCUGACCGUGUGACUGCUGUCCGCCUGCUGCCGCUUCCUUUCCGCCAGCCUGCAAGGAGCUUUCGCUUCUCCGUUAACUUUACUCUCAUGUUUGGUUUCCUAAAAACGCCGCUUGUUUACGCGACGGUAAGAGACCCGUUUUAAUCCGCGGUUCGUCUCUUUAUGAUUGUUGUUCAACUACACAGCAAGUUUUUCUUUUUCUAGUCUCCCCGUCGUUGUUGUUGUUGUUGUUGUUUAAUGUUGUGGCGGUGUGAACAGCUGACUCACUGACGGAAGACAUCCGUCAAGACCCUCCAUGGGUUGACCCCCUGCCCCGCCCCCCGCCUCCUGUCUCUGCUUCACCGGCUUACAGAUGAUCGGCUCACCGGACCUGCUGGCCUUUACCGGCCCAGAGGGGUUCGGAGAGGGAGAAGAGGAUCCGGGGAUUCAGGAUCUACCUGAGGAUCUGUCUGUUCCCCUUUUACCCGCCUCACACCCCUGGACCACAACUGCCCUCUUCAACAGAGACUUUAUACUGGUGGCUGAAUUCUCAGAGCAAGUGGGUCCAAAGCCUGUGUUGACGAUACCAGAAGACCCCCGAGUCAUUGGCUCCUUCGACCUCAACCACUUCUCUGUUCGCAUCAUGUCUGUGGACUACCAGGCGUCCGGCCCCGUCCAAGCCUCACAUUCCUGCACUGGGCCCCGCCUCAACUUCAGCGAGGACUCCAAAGUGAUUCUGGGAGAUUCAGCAGAGGACGCUUUUGCUUACGUUCACCACCUGACCCUGUACGACCUGGAGGCUCGAGGCAUGGUGCGUCCUUUCUGUAUGGCCUAUGUGUGUUCGGACCAGGCGAAGCUGAUGGAGAACUUCACAGAACUGUCGUCGUGCUUCUCUCAGGCGGCCGACAGCCUCAAGACGGGGAACAGGCAGGCGUUUUCGAUGGAGCUGCAGAGAAAACUACACAAGCUUGAGUACACACGGUUGACUUUGCUGUCAACUGUGAAUGCGUCCACAGAAGAUGGAGAAACAGCCGAUGACCUCGAAGCUGUAGAGCAUUCAAUCCUAAAUCACAGAGACCUCCUCCGCCAGGUCACAUCCUACCCAAACAGGAAGCUCAAACACCCCGACUUUCUGCCCUACGACCCAGCUGACUCCCUCACCGAUCCUACUUCAUUGCUGCCUCCUGAUCCAUGUCCCUCCAACUCCAUGUCCUCCUCCUGCAGGUCCGAGCACCACCUGAAGCCUCUGCAGGAGCUCUGCAAUGCCUACUUCCUCUCCUUAAUGAAGGAGCAGCUGGCAGACACAGAACGCCGCCUUCGUGGUGAUCGGAGUGUCCUGCAAACGGCCUGCGUCUCCCGGUCGCUCUCCAGGAGGCUCACCCUCACCAACUUCCUGUUUGAGCUUUGGAGCACCGAGAACGAAGAAGAGGAAGAGCAGGAGAGCAUUGAGGCAGAGCUACAGAGGUCGACUAAGAGUCGCGUCAAGGUGUUUGCGUCGGAUCCACUGAGCCUGGAGUCGUUCUACUCCUGUGUGGAGGAGAUCCCGAUCAAACUGGAGGCAGGAGAGGCAGGGACAGUGACCUCUGACCCCAGCAUUGUCAUGGACAUGACAGGAAGUGUGAGCAGUAGUGACAGCAUUGAAGUGCUGGGGACUGAGAAAUCUUAUCGUACUCAACAGUCUGCCACUGAUUCUGACAGCAGAGCAGUGACACUGAUGGACACCACUGUCAGGCGAGGAGCAGCAGAUGCAGGUGUCAGACGCGUGCAAGCGUAUGCCAGUCGUGCCAACAGUGAGGACAGCAUCGAGGUCCUGAGCACCACCGAGUCCAUUUUCCCUGACGAUCUCACCGCCAUCACAGAGGAAGAGGCUGAGCAACAACCUGAGAGCAAUAGCUUUGACAGCGAUGAAGAAACACUGGCUGAGUGUAAACUUGACAAACAGGACAAAACAUUAGAAAAUGGAAGUGAAAAUGAACUCCCUGUUAAUAACAAUGACAAUGAAGAAAAACCUUUGCAGCAAAUGACUGUCAGCAGUGGUGUCAUUGUCAAAGAGGAACCAGCCACUGAGUGUUUGAAGAGGAAUGGAGUCCAUGAAGACAACAGUGCUGAGAAGACACCCAAAAUGACACAAGGUGAAGAAGCAGUGGAGUCGACGCCAAAGUGGACCGAAGUCAAUGAGACGGCGCUGUCAGCACCAGACCUCCGUGUGAACUCUGCCUCUGCCGUUGCCAUGGCGGAGGCUGACCGGUGGACAACGCCCAGCGCUGCUCUCAGGCUGCUGAGCGCGGACGAAGCCUCAGACUGCACCAGCGUCACAGGCUCCUCAGACGCUCCCUCCACCACGCAGGACAUCAGCAACAGCAACACUUCAUCAGACAAGAGGAGGAGGAAGGCUGGUCUCAGAGCCCUCAGGUUCCUCAAACACAACUCAUUCUCCCAGAAUGCCGUGUUCUGCCUCCUGAGUGGCCGACCAAUUGUCGUCAUGGGAGGAGACGAGACUCUGGUCAAGAGGACGGUGGACGCUCUGAGUCUCUUCCUGCCUGCUCCUGGUCCUGAUGGAAACGCUGUGAUGCCGUGUCUGACCACACCACUACAACUGACCGACCUGCUCACCUGGAGGCUGAUCGGACUGCACAGGUAAGACAUGACACACAGUGGAAACAGAACUUUCCCAAAAUGAUCUCAGUCUUUUUCAUUGCGUUGUUUCAAGAACAUGGGUGAGGGUUAUUUUUUGUUUGGAUUUGUGCCUUUUUAUUUUAACAUGGGGUGGACAUUUGAGUUCAAAAUACAUUUGUAUGCAUAAAACUGGAAAUCUCAUUGUUAUUUAUUUAUUUAUGGCAAGUAACAAACUUUAUUCACCUUUUUGGUCAGGGUACUAAAGUAUAAUCCGUAUUUCUGACAAAACCAAAAUACGAAAAUACGGAAACAGCACCCCCUUUUCCUUUUUUGUAUUGAACCAAAUACGGAAAAACAGAUUUUGCUCUCAGGCUCUCGUCAAAAAACGAAACCAAAAUAUUAACUGUCAAAAAUA